UGUUCUGUGAUUGGCAUCAUGUCGGUUGUGAAGGGCGUUGCUGAUUCUUUCUUUGCUUUCCCGAAGGACUUCCUAUUUGGCGCGUCCACAGCCUCGUAUCAGAUUGAAGGCGCCUGGAAUGUGAAUGGUAAAGGUGAAAGUAUUUGGGACCGGUUCACACAUACGCAUCCCAGCUGGAUAAAAGAUAGUGAGAAUGCGGAUGUUGCGGCGGAUUCGUAUCACUUGUACAAAGAUGAUAUCCAAGCACUCACGGACAUGAAGGUGGACUUUUAUAGGUUCUCUAUCGCUUGGUCGAGAAUCCUCCCAAAAGGUGAUACGAGUCUCAUCAAUAAAGAUGGCAUCAACUACUAUAACAAUCUAAUUAAUGAACUUCUGAAACACAAAAUACAACCUAUGGUAACUAUGUACCACUGGGACUUGCCACAGCCUCUCCAAGAACUCGGCGGCUGGCCAAACCCUCUGUUGGUGGACUACUUUGAAGAUUUUGCUCGGCUGUUGUACAAGAACUUCGGGGACCGGGUGAAGUGGUGGGUGACGCUGAACGAGGGGGCAGAGGUGGCGGCCGGGUACAGCUCACCGCGACACUACGCCCCAGGGGUGGAGGCCCCGGGUGUGGGCGACUACCUGGCAGCCCACACACUGCUGCGUGCCCACGCCAGGGCGUACUGGCUCUACGACUCUCACUUCCGCCGCUGCCAGGGAGGUAAUGUUGGAAUAACUCUCAACUCAGCGUGGGUAGAGCCGCUAGCAGACACAGAGGAAGAUCACACUGCAUCUGAGCGAGCCCUGCAGUUCAUGCUGGGGUGGCUGGCUCACCCCAUAUUCACCGAGGAAGGAGACUACCCCUUGGUCAUGAAGGAGAGAGUCGCACACAACAGUAAGGCGGAGGGCUACAGCCACUCGAGGCUGCCCACAUUCACAGCAGACUGGAUCACCGCUCUCCGAGGAUCAGCCGACUACUUCGCCCUCAACCACUACUCAACACUGCUGGCCACGCCUGGCGACGCGGGAGGCGUGCCAUCCAAGGACCACGACGCAGGCGUGGUCAUGAGUCAAGACCCAUCAUGGCCAGCAUCCGCUUCCUCGUGGCUGAAGGUGGUGCCGUGGGGAAUGCGGAAGCUGCUCAACUGGAUCGCGAAGGAGUACGGUAACCCUAAGCUCAUCAUCACGGAGAACGGCUUCUCUGACCAAGGCCAGCUGGACGACGUAGGCCGCAUCAACUACCACAAAAGUUACCUGAGUGAGGUGCUGAAAGCAAUUUACAUUGACAAGUGCAACAUUAUAGGUUACACUGCCUGGAGCCUUCUCGACAAUUUUGAAUGGACACGCGGUUACACGGAGAAGUUCGGGCUUUAUCACGUCGACUUCAGCAAACCCAGCCGACCCCGCACUGCGAAGAGCUCGUCAAAGGUUUACGCAGAGAUUAUUCGUACUCGGAAGAUACCUCAGGGUGACGAGCAGUGAUCACAGUGCAACCAGAGAACCAUAUCAAAACUGCAAAAUUUAAUCAAUAUGCUAGCAAAAAUGUUAGCCAUCUCCGUAAUUGCUACAGAAUAUAUUUUUUUUUUUAACCAUAUGAGGGACAUUGAAACCAAAACAUUGAUCCAGUAGGCAACUGGUCCAAUUUUUGUGAUGAUGUGUUAACCAGUUUUCAGUUGUUUUGUGAUAGCUUGUAUUUUAACUAUGAAUAAAAAUAUAUUUAUAUUAAACAAAGGUUAGUACUGACUUAACACAAAUAUGAAAAGAAACAAUGUGAAGUUUCAACUAAAAUAAUAUUAUUGAAUAUAUAUAAUGUAUAGAAGUCGCGAGCCCAGGUUAAAUUUUCUGUCCGGUUUCUUAGAAGAAUUGUUGUAGUUCCAAGCUCCGCCGCUGCGAUCGCUUUCAUCGCUGGGUAUCGGCCGUAUACGCCCCUGGUGGUAUUUGGCAGAACUAGGUUAACCAGCCCAGUCGUGACAUCAUCCUUCACCCCCCCCCCCCCCUCUUCGAAAAUCCCAGACCAACGAUUCAAAUUACCCGGCAGGUCUUAUCAGCAUCGUUAGGCGACCUUGAAGAGGAGCUUCCCUUACCGUCAUUUGAGAAUGAUGAAAUCCCAAAAGAAGCUAGCCACGGAAAUCACUGAAUGAUGGGAUUCUGUACCCGAGUGAAGUGAAAAUUAGCUAUUAAAACUUUGUAUUGGGUCAAUAGUCAGUGUUC